AUGAUAAAAUUUUUUGUUCACAUUUUAGUGAGUAAACAGAAAAUAGUAUUUCGUAACAUUUCAAAGAAGAGAUUUUACAGCAUUACAAUAAUAAAAGAUAAAGAUAAAGGAUAUGAUAGAAAUGUAAGUGAAAACAUAGAAAAUGACCAUAAUUAUUUAAAGGAUUUACACAAGAUUGGAUUUUUAGGAAACGUAAAAAAUAAAGAAAGUAUAAAUGAACGAAAAAAAAACGAUAAAAAGUCAUUAAAAGAAGAAUUACAAAAAACUAGUUUUUUAGAAUAUAAUUUUAAAACAGAUAUAUAUUUAAAAUUGAAUGAAUUAAAAAUUUUUAACCCAACACAAAUUCAAAAAAAUACGAUACCAUUAUUGUUAAAUUUCAAAAAAAAGGCUAGCGUAGAAUCUAAUAAAAUAAUUAACUAUGAAAGUAUCUACAAUGAUAUACUAAAGAAUAAAAUAAACAUUAAUACGUAUUUAAAAAAUGAUUUAAAUAUUAAAAAUAAUUUUUAUGAUGUUAGUAAGUACAAAUUUUUUGAUAAUAAUGUAGGAGAAUGUACAAAUAAAAAAGAAGAAUUUUAUAUUGAUGAACAAAAGUGUUUUAAUGAUGUGUACUUGAUUAUUAGUCCAGAUAAUAGUGGGAAAACAUUAAGUUAUUUUCUUCCUAUUCUUCAUAAUUUUUAUUUGAAUAAUGAAAAAAUAAUGAAAAAUUUAUUGAACUUUUACAACUUUUUAAAUAAAUAUAAUUAUAAGAAGUUUCGAAAUAAAAUUUUUCGUAAAAAGGAAAGAUUACGAUUUCUUAAAAAUAAAGAAAAUAUGUUUUUUGAUAUAUCAUAUGAAAAAUAUAAAAUAAAUAAUAGAUAUAUAAGUAUAAGAAAAUAUAAUAAUUAUAAUACUAAUAGUUAUUUUAAAAGUAAAAAAAAUAAUAAACUUAACUGUUUAAAACAUAAAAAAAAUAUUUUUUUUCCUUAUGCUAUUAUAUUGACUAAUACAAGAGAAUCAGCUUUUGAACUUUUUUCUUUUUUGAAAAAAUUUGAUAUAAAUAUUGAAUUAUUAAGUGGGGGUUAUUUAAAUAAAAAAAAAUCAAUUAAAAAACAUCAUAUGGAAUUAUUUUUAGGUAAUAAUAAUAAUGAUAAAUAUAAUUCAGAAGAUAUCGAUGAUAGGAGUACAAGAAGUAACGGAUUUUUAAAUACAUGUGAUAUCUUAGAGAAAAUAAAAAGAAGGAAAAAAAAUAGCAAUAACAUAAUAAACUAUAACAUUGAUAUUUUAAUAGGAACACCUGAUAAAGUUUUUGAAAAAGUGGAAAAUUAUAAAAACAAACAUUUAUAUAAUUUUAAAUUUUUAAAAUAUAUUGUUAUAGAAGAAGCCGAAACAUUAUGUAACCCUUUUAAUGAAAAAAAAUUACAACUAAUAUUUAAUCAUAUAAAAAAUUAUACUAAUAUGUAUUACUUUCACGGAGAUAUGUCUAAUAAUGAUACUGAGUAUGAACACAUUGGUAUAGAUAAUCAAGAAGAGAAUAAAAAGAAAGCAAAUGAAAUAGAAAAUGAAGAAAUAGAAAAUAUGAAGAGUAAUAACUUAUAUAAAAAAAAAAAUAUUCAUACAGAUAUUUUAAAACAAAAGGAAAGCGACACAUAUUUAGAAGAGAAAAUGGAUAGUAAUAGAAAUCAUAAUGAAACGAUUGAUAAUAAUUAUGAAAUGAACAAUAAUUGUAAUAAAAGUAUAAAUAAUAAAGAAAUAACGAAUAAUAAUGAUUACAUAACAAGUAACUUUAAAAAUACAACUAAAAAUCAGAAUGCAAGUAGUUCAGAAAAAAAAAAAAAUAAAGAACAUAUAAGUAAUUUAGAAAAUUUCGAUUUUAAAAAUAACACUAAUAAUAAUGAAGACAGCAAUAUAAAAAAAAUUAACACUACAGAAAAUGUAAGAAAUACAUUAAAUUCAAACAUACCAAUAACAAUAUUUGUAUCACCUACUAAAACUUUUGCAAUUAGUGAGUUUUUAAAUAAUAAUAUAAAAAGCAAAUAUAUCCAACAAAUAAUAAACAUCAACAGUCACAAUGUUAAUAAUUACAUUAAACAUGUUUUUAUUAAUAGCAAAAAUAAAGAAAAAGUUUCUUUAUUACUUGAAAUGCUUGAUAAUAAAGAAGUAAACAAGUAUAAAGUUACUAAUCAUUCUCACUUUUUAAAUAGAUAUGUGAUAUUCUGUAAUACCAGAAAGAGUGUCAUAAAUUUAAAAAAUAUUUUGUCAGAAUUAAAAUACAAUGUGAGUUAUAUUCAUAAUGAAAUGAAUUAUAAAGAAAGAACUAGGAAUUAUAGAGAAUUCAAAAAAAAAAAAACAAAUAUUUUAAUAUGUACAAAUAUAUUGAGUAGGGGAGUUCAAUUUGAAAAUACUCAAAUAAUUAACUAUGAUAUUAGUAAUAAUAUAAAUGAUUACAUUUAUAAAUCAAGCAAAGUCACUUAUAAUUCAAAUAAUACAAAUAAUUCUUUGACAACUUUUUUUAAUAAAAAGAACGCCAAUUUAGUUAAUAACAUAAUAGAAAGAGCAGUUGAUAAAAAACAAAUAAUAUUUCAAAAUUUGAAUAAAAAAGUUAGUAAAAUGCUAAAAUUACAAAGUAAUUAUUAUGAUAUUAUAAAAAAAAAAAAAAAAUUCCAAAAGAAAGGAGGAAGAAAAGCAAUGAAAAUAUCUCCUAGAAGAAAUUGUCUAAGUAAGAAAAAUAAAAUACUCUCAAAGAAGUUAUAUUUUUAUCAUAAAAUGGAUAUUGAACGAAAAAGAUUAAUAAAAAAGGGAAUACUAAAACCUCAUGAGAAAAUACCAAGAUAUCCAAAUAGAAAAGCAGAAAUAUAUGAUAGUAAUGAAUACAAUUCUAUGAAUAAACUAAAUGAUGGUUCACUGCAAAUUUUAGCAAAAAAGAGAAAAACUAAAAGGAAGAAAAAUCAAGAAGAAAUAAAAUACGAAGAAGACACUAUCGUUUUAGAUAAUAUGCCUACAUAUGAAGAAGAAGCAAAAAUAAAAGAAAAGAAGUAUCAAAAAAAAACUUAUUUUUAA